GUCAGUUUUGCCCUAGAAAGGCCUUCGCUGUUUCCAUCGUCGCUUCUUCGUCGGCGGCGUAGAGAGGGAUCGGAGAUGAGCGGAAGCGCGUUCAAUGCCUUCAAGGCGCGGGUGCCAAUCGCGUGGAGUCCUCGCCUGUACAUAACGUUGGUGCGCGGCCUCCCUGGCACCCGCCGCCUCCACCGUCGCACCCUGGACGCCAUGCGCCUUCGCCGAUGCCACCGAACCGUCAUCCACCGCACAACCCCAUCUCUCCUCGGCAUGCUCAACCAGGUGAAGAGAUUGGUCGCCGUGGAGACGGAGGAAAUGCACAACGCCAGGAAGCAGCAGGAGGCGGAGCAACGAGCUCUGCGCCCGCCGAUCGUCGUCAGUCACUCUAUUCCUGCGGCUUCCUCUUCUGCGGCCGAGUCGGCUAAUUAGUUGUUCUUCUCAUGGCUUGACAAUGGAUCGACUAGUUUCAGGUCCUUAUAAGCAUAUAUGGGCGUUGCGCAUGGCUACAUUCAAGGACCAGUUUGUUACCUUUCAGUAAAGUGUUCAAUUGUAUUAGUAUUUACUUAUAAUUGAAAGUAUUCUUCCAUGAGUGUUCUUGUUUUCGUAUGUGCAAACGAUCGUGCUAGAUACAACCAUACUUUGUCAAUUUUUUCCGCGUUGAGCAUUGAAGACUUAAUACUAACUAUUGUUGGAAUGCUUGUCUUA